UCUCAGCUCAAUUCCUGGUCUCGGGCCAAUAUGUUUCCUCCUUAUGUCUACUUAAGGUUACUACUAUCAAAAAAGUAUAUUUGAAAUAUUGGGUGAGGAUAUUUUUAACGGCACUGUAUCUUGAAGAGCCUAACUAUUAUAUGACAAACUUACUUGCCAUAUAGAAAACCAUUACUUCCUGUCCGCUGACGCAGAUCACGUGACUUAGUUUUUGACUGCAGAAAGGCUUUCGUUCCUCUCACUCUGGUUACAGUGAUGAUUCUCGUUUAGCUGUUUGUCUACCGUCUUCUGGCCACUUUCUGCUGAAAACAUGGAGCGGUACGACUCUGACGCCGAGAAAGACGAACAGCAAAGGCCGCUCCUUCACCGAAGACAAGACGACAAAAUCCAGAGAGCACCAGCAUGCUGUUCUUCGCGCUACGGCUUGGCGUUGCUCUCCAGCUACGGAUUCUUCGUGGUCUACUCUCUGAGGGUGAACCUCAGCGUGGCGAUGGUGGACAUGCUCAACAACACCCACCAGUCCAGAAGUAACCACAGUGGCUCGAUGUGCACCCCCAACAGCACCUCCGUACAACCCAAACACAACCAGUCGGCCGGUGUGUACAACUGGGACUCUGCGACUCAGGGAUGGAUCUUGGGCUCCUUUUUCUACGGCUACAUCCUGACGCAGAUCCCCGGCGGCUACCUGGCUGGCCGCUGCGGAGCCAAGUGGCUGAUGGGAUUCGGCGUGCUGGGAACCGCCCUCUUCACGCUGCUCACGCCCCUGGCCGCCGACCUGGGCGCGAGCUACCUCAUCGUAGUGAGAGCGCUGGAGGGGGUCGGAGAGGGUGUCACGUUCCCUGCGAUGUACACCAUGUGGGCAGCGUGGGCCCCCCCGCUGGAGAGAAGCAGACUGCUCACCAUUUCAUACAUUGGAGCCCAGCUGGGGACCGUCGUGGCUCUGCCUCUGUCUGGUGAAAUCUGCUUCUACAUGGGCUGGCCCUACGUCUUCUACCUCUUUGGUGCUGUCGGCGUGGUGUGGUUCGUCCUGUGGGCUUUCCUCGUCUUUGACAGUCCAAACAGUCACCCUCGGAUAUCAGAGCAGGAGAGGCUUUACAUCACCAACUCUCUGAAAAAUGAGCUGUCUACCUCUGCGGGCCACAUCCCCUGGCGAGCCAUCGUAACCUCGAUGCCGCUGAUGGCCAUCGUCGUGGCUCACUUUUCCUACAACUGGACCUUCUACACGCUCCUCACUCUCCUGCCGACUUACAUGAACGACAUCCUGGGAUUCAGCAUACAGCAGAAUGGGUUUCUCUCCGCUCUGCCGUACCUGGGCUGCGCUCUGAUGGCCGUGCUGAGCGGCCAAGUCGCCGAUUACCUGCGAGAGACUCGUCUCUACUCUACCAUCUUCGUCAGGAAGUCCUUCUCUCUGAUUGGUAAUGAGAAACAUUUAAAAGCAUGGCUCCAACUAACCAUUAUUUUAGUAAUUGCUUAUUCUAUUGAUUGUUAU